AUGAGAAUCCCACUCUUUCUGCCGUUGCUCUUUGCCGUCGCCCGGGCAGAACACAACACCCAGAACCAGAAGAAAGGAAAUGGCACGAAAGCACAGAGAGUCCAGCGAUCCAAGAUCAAGCAAGAGCACAAGGUGCUUAUACUGGGUAAAGGCAACUUUGCUCAGGCACUGACAGAGAACAACUAUCUCCUCGUCAACUUCUAUGCCCCUCUGUCUGGCGCUUCUCUUGCUUUAAUGGCAGAAUUUGAGAGAGCUGCAGAAGAGCUCAGCAGCGAAAAGUUUCCAGCAAAACUCGGCAAAGUUGAUGUUUCGGCAGAAAAGGACCUUGGCAAAGAAUUUAAAUCUCAGAAGUACCCAGUUCUGAAUUUGUUCACAGAAGGGAACAGGAAAAAUCCAAUUAAUUGCAAAGGCGUGAAUGCAGCUCCCUCCAUUAUCACUUGGCUAAAAAGAAGAAUUGGCUCUAGUGCCAUAUUUCUAGUCAAUACAACUCAUACUGAAACCUUUAUAGGGUCAGAAGAUGUGGUUAUCGUUGGCUUCUUCAAGGAUCUUAGAGGAAAUGACACCAACACGUUUUACGAAGUUGCAAAAGACAUCCCCCAUCUCCCAUUUGGUGUUACAAACAACACAGAGAGUUUCAUUAAAUACGGUGUCACCAAGGAUACUGUCACUCUGUUCAAAAAGUCUGAAGAUAAGCAGGUAAACUAUGAAUCUGCUGAAAGAAACAGACUGGAUAAAGAUAACCUGACAAAAUUCAUCAGAGUCAAUGAGCUGAGUUUAGUCACAGAAUAUAAUCGCUUGACCGCUGGCAAAAUCUCUGAUUCUACAGUCGACAGCCACGUCCUGUUGUUCGCAGACAAAACGUCCAAGGAGUUUAAGGAGAUGUUUGAAAACUUCACGGCUGCAGCUGCCGACUUCAGAGCCAAGCUGCUCUUUAUUCUGGUCGAUGCCAAUGAAAGCAAGAACGGUCGCAUGAUGGAGAUGUUUCGCAUUCGAGACAUGGACAUCCCAGCGCUUCGAGCCAUUAGCAUGAGCGAUGGUACGAGGUACAGAAUGCAGGCGGAUGAAGUCACGACUGAAAACGUGGUAACUUUCUGUCGGGAAUAUCUCGACGGGAAAGCAAAGCCUCAACAAUACAGUGAGGAACUGCCACCAGAUUGGAACAAGCAACCCGUAAAGGUGCUGGUGGGAACAAACUUUGAUGACGUCGUCUUUAAUAUCACAAAGAAUGUCUUUGUGAUGUUCUAUGCUCCUUGGUCUCAGCGAUGCAAGGAAAUUAAUCCCAUCUGGGAUCAAGUGGGAGAAAAAUACCAGGAGUCGGAAAACAUCGAGAUUGCUAAAAUAGACAUCACUGCUAAUGAUGUUGACUCUGUCUUAAUCGAGGGGUAUCCAAGUUUUAAGUAUUUCCCUGCCGGAUCAGAUGGCAAGAUUGUUCACUAUCUGGGUGAUCACACUCUGGAGGCCUUCUCUGCAUUUCUGGAUAAUGAUGGUCUACUACUUGACAACAAAGACAAGUCAAAGAAAGCUACAGAAGGCAAAAAAUCGAAUACUACCGAGAAUAUGAAAAGAGAAACAAACGAUGAACUAUAAUUUUGUAAAAUAAUCGACUCAAAUUAUUGGACAGCUACUUACAGUUGUCAACAUCACAAGUGCAGAUAAUACAGAUCCUGGAUAAUGUUCAAUACUGAUUCAAAGCGUCAUGAAUCAGUACAAUGUAUUAUUUACCCUUGAAGAAGAGAAUACGCUUUUGCA